CCUCGUGUUGUGUGUAGUGGUUGUCUGGUUGUGAUUGUUUUGUGAUUUAUAAAUUUUGCGUUCUGGAUUCGCAUGAGGUGCACGUGAUACCAACUGGGUUCUAGAACUCAAAUUUUCUUUUAAAUUGCGAAAAAUGUCGUUCCCGCACCUGAGAGCUGUUCCUCCGCCACCACCACCGCCCUUAAAUUCCCAUUACACCUUGCCAACUUUCGCUCUUCCUCCAGUGCAGUAUUUUGGGCUUCCUAAUCCUGCAAGAGGCAGAGCGCAAAACAGAGGCAGAGGUCGUGGUUGGUGUCGGAAACUUCCAAAUGCCAAUGUUUACAAUAACAAUAAUCAAAAUAAAGGAAAUAAUGGAACCAAAUUUGGAGGAAAUGGAAAUGCAGGGAAAAAGCCGACUUGUGACAACUGCGAUCGAUGCUUUUCCUCUCCUCAAGAGCUAGCAGAGCACGUGUCUCAGCACCAAAUCUGUGGACAAGAAGGGUGCACCUUUUCUGCUCACCCAAAAGUUGUUGCUAAACACAUUGAAGUGCAGCAUAAGAGUGGUUUAUAUGCUCGAAUGAAAAAGGAAGCUGACGAUUGGAUUGAAGCGCGAAAAAAGAAAUACCCCACUAAAGACAAUAUUGCUAAGAAAAUUGAAGCGCGUGAUGAGAGAAUGGCGAGAGGGGAAAGAAUCUCAAAACCGAACUCAAGAUUUGCCGCCAGAGGCCGCAAAAAUGGGUGGUCAAGACCCGCACGGAAUCACCCUUAUGGAAAGCCAGCUCAAAAUGAACCUAUUCCAGAUCAACCUGCACCCAAGCUACCUGACUCAAGUCAAAGUGAACCUGACCAAGUAGUGACUAAGUCUGAACUGCCUGCCAAAGAGGAGCAGGCUGUGAUAAAUAAUCCCCUUGCAAGCUUGGUAGGCCAGUACAACUCUGACAACGAAGACAGUGAUCAAGACUCGCCUCCUGAGGAGGCACCAGUCAGCCGUGAAUUGAGUGGUCCACCGCUACCUCAACUGAUUAAGGAAGUGAAUCACAUCCCUGUCGUUAGCAAGGUCCCUCCUAAGCUAAACCGACCUCGCAUUGACCCUAGAGUGCAAUUCAAGAAGAGGAAUCGACCACCAACUUUACUCAGAAAGUUGCUUGAGCCUGAAAUAAGGCGAGAAAGAAAUAUGAUCCUUCAGUGUGUCCACUAUGUGGUCAAAAAUAAUUUUUUCAAAAAGUGAAACUUUGACAUCUUCUCUUGUUAAGAGCAAACAUACUACCUGUUAAACAUGUGUAGGAAUCAUCUGAAACUAAAUAAAGGCAUAUAUUGCAAGGUAA